GCUGCCCUCCUGCCCAGUGGAAGGAAUGGGCUCCCCCGUCAUCCCGGCCUGUGCAAACAAACCCCCAGCGGUCUGAUCCCUGUUUCCUCUCAGGCCCUGACCAGGGCAGUCAGCACCAUUAAGUUCUUCCUCUCUGAGGCUUUCCUGGGUCGCCACUUCGAGGCCGUGGAGUUGGAGGGCAGCGAGCCCGAGCCAGGAGACCUCUUCCUGUUCAGGCUGUUGUCCCCCACCGGACGCUGGUGCGGGGCCCACGUGGGUGUGUACUGUGGCCACGGGGAGAUCAUCGACUUUGAAGGGAGGAAUGUCGCCGGCCAAGGGCCUCACCCGUUACUGGGCUCCUAUGAAGGCAUCAUAUCCAAACAGGGGCAGCGCCCAAUGCUGCGCUCCGGCUCGCUGUGGCGUGUGCUGCGUAGACGUGGCGGCGUGGACCGCGUGGCUCUGGAGCGCCGCGUGCGGGAGGCAAUGGAUGCGGACCCGCCCCCAUAUCACCCCACGCGCAGCAACUGCGUGCUGCGUCUGCUGGGCCCCAUGCCCAUCCUGGACCCCCUGCAAAUAGAUAGCGGUCCUAUUAACUCGGUGUCGGUGGACUUGAACUUGGCUAUGGACUAGGUGUGAUCUUAGGCCCUCCUGAAUAGGCACGG